UAUGGCAGCGUCCUGAACCCUGUUGGGGGGAAUACGGCGUAACUGAGCACCUUCAGCAUCAGAGUGGGAAAACUGAGAAGCACCGGCCACUCACAGAGGAGGGUGGGGGGCUGAGGGACGGCUACGAAUAACACCCGUUUGCGAUUUUACAGGUCCUUUGAAAAGAUGAAUGUCGUCAAAGACAACAAAGACCUGGCCUGUUUCUACACCACCAAACACUCCUGGAGGGGAAAGUACAAGCGGGUCUUCUCAGUGGGGACACAUGGCAUUACCACUUACAACCCUACAACACUAGAAGUAACAAAUCAGUGGCCUUAUGGAGACAUCUGUGGUAUCGGUCCAGUAGGAAAAGGUCAGGGAACAGAGUUCAACCUCACAUUCCGCAAAGGCAGUGGCAAGAAGUCGGAAACGCUCAAGUUUUCGACAGAGCACCGGACAGAGCUGCUCACUGAAGCGCUGAGAUUCAGAACAGAGUUUUCAGAGGGAAAGAUAACUGGCAGGCGCUACAACUGCUACAAGCACCACUGGAGUGAUACACGAAAGCCUGUGUGUUUAGAGGUGACACCCGGCGGCAUCGACCAGAUUGACCCCCACACUAACCGGGUGGUGUGUUCCUACGACUAUCGGAAUGUAGAGGGCUUCGUCGAGGUCUCUGAUUACCAGGGAGGAUUCUGCAUCCUUUAUGGCGGCUUCAGCAGGCUGCAUCUGUUUGCCUCGGAGCACCGGGAUGAAAUCAUCCGCAGCGCCAUAGAGCAUGCUGGGAACUUCAUUGGCAUCACGCUACGACUGAGGAAGGAGGCUCUGACCUUCGAGGAUUUUGUGACGGAUAGGUUGGGGAAGUACAGCUCAGACGAGAGCAUCACUUCACUGGCCGAGUUUGUGGUGCAGAAGAUCACCCCUCGCCACCCGGAGCCUGUUAAACGCAUCCUGGCACUGACAGAGACAUGUCUGGUUGAGAGAGACCCGGCUUCAUAUAACAUAGUCACCAUCAAACCCUUCGGAGAGGUAUUUGCUCUCAUCUGUGACGUAGACAACCCUCAGGUGUUUACAGUUGAAUUCAUCAGAGGUCAGAUCAGGAAGUACUCCUCCACAGAAAGGGACUCCCUGUUAGCCAGCCUACUUGAUGGAGUCCGUGCAUCAGGCAACAGGGACGUGUGUGUCAAGAUGGCCCCCACGCGGCGAGGGCAAAGGUGGGGCCUGCUGAGCAUGCCCGUGGAUGAGGAGGUGGAGAGUUUGCAUCUCAAAUUCCUGGCAGCACCUCCUAAUGGAAACUUUGCAGAUGCAGUGUUCAGAUUCAAUGCCAACAUAUCCUACAGUGGAGUGCUGCAUGCAGUUACCCAAGAUGGUCUUUUCUCUGAGAACAAAGAGAAGCUCAUCAACAACGCCAUCCUGGCUCUUUUAUCUCAGGAGGCUGAGCUGCCGGCUCUUAACGCUGAGCUGGAGAGCCAUUUCCAGGCCAUCCGACGCCUGGUGGCCUCCAAGGCUGGCUUCCAGGCUUUCACCCAGCUCCCUAAGUCUGGUCAAGGGUCUGGACUCACAGAUGCAACGUUUAGGGAAAAGUUGGGAGUAAAGACGGUAAAAGCUUUAAAAAGGAACAACAAUGGUGUGACACAUGCUGCUAUAGACAUGCUCUGUGCCCUUAUGUGUCCGAUGCACGAUGACUACGACCUGAGGCAGGAGCAGCUGAACAAGGCCUCUCUGCUGUCAUCUAAGAAGUUCCUGGAAAACCUCCUUGAAAAAUUCAUCACUAACGUGGACCAUGGAACUGGAGCUUUGGUCAUCAGCUCCUUACUGGACUUCUUAACAUUUGCCCUCUGCGCGCCCUACAGUGAAACCACUGAGGGGCAGCAGUUUGACAUGCUGCUUGAGAUGGUUGCAUCCAAUGGACGCACCUUGUUCAAACUCUUCCAGCAUCCGUCUAUGGCGAUAGUGAAGGGAGCUGGGCUGGUGAUGAAGGCCAUUAUUGAGGAGGGAGACAAGGAAAUAGCCACUAAGAUGCAAGAGCUGGCCCUGAGUGAAGGGGCUCUUCCAAGGCAUCUGCACACGUCUUUGUUCACCAUCAGCAGUGAUCAGAGGAUGCUCACCAACAGACAACUGAGUCGUCACCUGGUGGGACUUUGGACAGCUGAGAACCCUGUUGCCAUGAACCUCCUGAAGAGGAUACUGCCAACAGGCAUGCUGGCUUACCUGGACAGCCCUGACCCAGUCCCAGAGAAAGAUGUAGACAGAAUGCAUAUCCGUGACAACUUGAAAAUCGCCACGGACCAGCUAAACCGAAACAAAGUGCCUGAGUGGCAGCGGAUAGCAGGCAAAGCGGCCAAAGAGGUGGAAAAGUUUGCCAAGGAGAAGGCUGAUAUAGUGCUGAUGCACUGGAGAGAUAAGAUGGGCAUAGCACAGAAGGAGCAGGACAGAAAUAACCUGAACCCAAACCAAAAGCCUGUCAUCCUAAGGAAAAGAAGGCAGAGAAUAAAGAUUGAAUCCAACUGGGAGCUUUUCUACUACAGAUUCCAGCUGGACCACGCACGGUCCAACCUCAUCUGGAACCUGAAGACAAGGGAGGAGCUGCGGGACGCUCUGGAGGGGGAGAUGCGCGCCUUCAGCGUAGACCGCGAGCUUGGCAACGCCACCGUCAUUUCCUGGAACCACCAGGAGUUUGAGGUGAAAUAUGAGUGCCUUUCAGAUGAGAUAAAGAUCGGAGAUUAUUAUCUGCGUCUGCUACUCGAGGAGGAUGAAAAUGAAGAAUCCAGUGCCAUCAAGAGAUCAUAUGAGUUUUUCAACGAGCUCUACCAUCGCUUUCUGCUUACACCCAAAGUUACAAUGAAGUGCCUGUGCCUGCAGGCGCUCGCUAUAGUCUAUGGCAAGUGCUACGAGGAGAUUGGUCCCUUCACAGAUACAAAAUACAUUGUGGGCAUGCUGGACCGAUGUACAGACAAACUGGAAAGAGACAGACUCAUCCUCUUCCUCAACAAACUCAUUCUCAACAAGAAAAAUGUAAAGGAGGUGAUGGACUCAAAUGGAGUGCGAAUCUUGGUGGACCUACUGACCUUGGCCCAUCUGCACACUAGCAGAGCUACUGUGCCCCUACAGAGCAACGUGCUGGAGGCAGCACCAGACAUGAAGAGGGAGAGCGAGAAAGAGUGGUACUUUGGGAACGCAGACAAGGAAAGAAGAGGACCUUUCAGUUUUGAGGAGAUGCAAGAGUUUUGGAACACAGGCGUCCUGACAGCAAAGACACGCUGCUGGGCUCAGGGGAUGGACGGUUGGCGCCCCCUGCAGGCCAUACCCCAGCUGAAAUGGUGCCUCCUGGCUACAGGACAGGCAGUGAUGAACGAGUCCGACCUGGCUACACUAAUCCUUAACAUGCUCAUCACCAUGUGCUCCUACUACCCCAGCAGGGACCAAGAUAAUGCCAUUAUCCGUCCUUUGCCUAAAAUCAAGAGGAUGAUCAGUGACAAUGCUUGUCUCCCACACAUUGUCCAGCUGCUGUUGACUUUUGAUCCCAUCCUGGUGGAAAAGGUUGCCAAUGUUAUGUACCUGGUGAUGCAAGACAACCCCAAUCUGCAGCGCCUAUAUUUAACUGGGGUGUUCUUCUUCAUCAUGAUGUACACAGGCUCCAACGUGCUUCCUGUAGCAAGGUUCCUGAAGUACACUCACUUGAAGCAAGCCUUCAAAUCAGAGGAGUCUAAGGGUCAGGACAUAGUGCAGCGAAGUGUUCUCGGGCCGGUGCUGCCUGAAGCAAUGGUGUGUUAUCUGGAGAACUACGAGGCCGAGCGAUUCUCUGAGAUAUUCCUCGGAGAAUUUGACACACCUGAGGCCAUUUGGAGCAGCGAGAUGAGGCGCAUGAUGAUUGAGAAGAUAGCAGCCCAUGUAGCUGACUUCAGCCCCAGGCUGCAGAGUAACACACGGGCCCUCUACCAGUACUGCCCCAUCCCCGUGAUCAGCUUCCCUCAGCUGGACAAUGAGCUCUUCUGCAACAUCUACUACCUCAGACAUCUGUGUGACACCAUCCGCUUCCCAAACUGGCCUAUUCGAGAUGCUGUGAAGCUGCUAAAAGACACUCUUGAAGCCUGGAAGAGGGAAGUAGAGAAGAAGCCUCCCUCCAUGUCUGUAGAUGAUGCCUACGAAGUCCUCAACCUCCCCAAAGGACAAGGGUCACACGAGGAGAGUAAAAUCAGGAAAGCUUACUUCAGACUGGCACAGAAGUACCAUCCUGACAAGAACCCAGAGGGCAGGGAUAUGUUUGAGAAAGUGAACAAAGCCUAUGAGUUCCUCUGCACAAAGUCUGCCCGCAUCCUGGAUGGCCCUGACCCAGAAAACAUCAUCCUCAUCCUCAAAGCUCAGAGCAUCCUGUUCAACCGACACAAACAAGAACUGGAACCCUACAAAUACGCUGGUUACCCCAUGCUCAUCAAAACAAUCACAAUGGAGACGGAGGACGAGCAGCUCUUCUCUAAGACCUCCCCUCUCCUCCCGGCUGCUGCUGAACUGGCCUUCCACACAGUCAACUGUUCUGCGCUUAACGCAGAGGAGCUGCGCCGCGAGAACGGCAUCGAGAUGUUGUUGGAGGCUCUUUCUCGGUGUGUUGCUGUAUUAACUGCAUCCAGCAAGCCUGAUGACAUGGCCGUGCAGGUGUGCGGGCACAUCUGUAGGUGCUACAGUGUAGCAGCCCAAUUUGAGGAAUGCAGGGAAAAAAUGAUUGAACUCCCCAAUAUCAUCAGGGACAUUUGUCACAUCCUGUACUAUGGAAAGGGUCUCCCAAAGACUGCAGCCUUGGCUGUACAGUGCAUCAGCUCCUUCGCAGUGGAUUUCUUCCUACAGACCCAUCUCUACCACGCUGGUGUGCUCUGGCACCUGCUGGUCCACCUCUUCAACUACGACUACACUCUGGAGGAGAGCGGCGUGCAGGCGAGCCAGGACACAAAUCAGCAGGAGGUCGCGAACAGCCUGGCCAAGCUCAGCCUGGUAGCUCUCAGCCGUCUCGGAGGCUACACCCAAAUACCACACACCCCAGAGGGUAACAAUCCGGUUUCAGAGACCAACGGCAUCGAGGGCACGCCUCCCGAGAACCCCACCAUCCGCAAGAGCUUAGCCGCCAUGUUGACGCCAUACAUCUCAAGGAAGCUGGGAACAGGAUCUCCUGCUGAGGUCUUGAAGCUGCUGAAUAGUAACUCGGAGAACCCGUACCUGAUCUGGAACAACGGAACACGAGCCGAGCUGCUGGAGUUCCUGGAGGGUCAACAGGAGGGAAACAUCAGGAGGGGAGAAAAUGAUAAAAGCUUCGGUGCAGAGUUUGUGUUCAGUGACCACAGCAAAGAGCUGAUAGUCGGGGAGAUCUUUGUGCGGGUCUACAAUGAGCAGCCAUCUUUUCCACUUGAGUAUCCCAAAGCAUUUGCAGCCAGUCUGCUGGACUAUGUCGGAUCCCAGGCCCAGUACCUCCACACUCUCCUGGCCAUGAGUCAGAGUAACAAGGUCGAGUCCCAGCAGCACGCUGAGAGGCUCCGCUUUGCUGAGAUGGCUUUAGAGGCUCUUCGCAAUGUCAUCAAGAACAACCCCGGUUCAGAGUCAGAGUGCAUCGGCCAUUUCAAGCUGCUCUUCUCUUUGUUGCGGGUUCAUGGAGCUGGCAGAGUGCAGCAGCUGGUUUUGGAGGUUGUGAAUACAGUGACAUCUAACCAGGAAUGUGUGAGCAACAUUGCUGAGUCUCUGGUGUUGUCCAACCUUCUGUUGCUGCUGCACUCGCUCCCCUCCAGCAGACAAAUGGUGCUGGAGACCCUGUAUGCACUGACUUCGAACACGAAGAUCAUCAAAGAGGCUAUGGCCAAAGGUGCCCUGAUAUACUUGCUGGACCUCUUCUGUAACUGCACACACCCCCAGGUUCGCACACAGACCGCAGAGCUCUUCUCCAAAAUGACCUCAGACAAGCUGGUUGGACCAAAGGUGCGACUGACUCUGAUGCGUUUCCUUCCCGGUGUGUUCAUGGACGCCAUGCGAGACAACGCUGAGGCAGCAGUGCACAUAUUUGAGGGAACGCAUGAAAACCCUGAACUCAUCUGGAACGACAGCUCGAGGGAGAAAGUGUCCACCACUGUCCGGGAGAUGAUGCUUGAGCACUUUAAACAGCAGAAGGAUAAUCCUGAUGUGAACUGGAAACUGCCAGAGGACUUCACCGUGGCGUAUGGAGCAGGACAGGGUGAGCUCGAAGUUGGUGGAGUUUUCCUGCGUAUCUUCAUUGCCCAGCCGGGCUGGGUGCUACGCAAGCCUCGCGAGUUCCUGGUUUCCCUCCUGGAGACUCUGACUGAGCUGCUGGAGAAGAACAACCCCAACGGUGAGGCCCUGGAGACAGUUACCACGGCAGCAGUGUGUCUUUUCAGCACACAGAGCCAGCUGGCUGACCAGGUUCCUCCUCUGGGUCACCUGCCUCGCAUCCUGGCAGCACUCAACCACAAGAACAACGCCGUACCCAAGAGCUCCAUCCGCCUCAUCCACGUGCUGUCAGACAAUGAGCUGUGUGUGCGCUCCAUGGCUUCUCUGGAGACUAUCGGACCCUUGAUGACUGGGAUGAAAAUGCGGGCAGACAUGGCUGGAUUGGCUUGUGAGGCUCUCAACCGCAUGUUCCAGAAGGAGCAGACAGAUCUGGUAGCCCAGGCUCUAAGAGUGGAGCUGGUUCCAUACCUUCUGAAGUUACUGGAAGGAAUUGGCCUGGAGACAUUAGACAACCCUUCAGCUACCAAGGCCCAGAUAGUAAAGGCUCUCAAGUCCAUGACUCGCAGUCUGCAGUACGGUGAACAGGUGAAUGAAAUUCUUGCAAGGUCCUCGGUGUGGAGCGCCUUCAAAGACCAGAAACAUGAUCUUUUCAUCUCAGAGUCUCAGACCGCAGGCUACCUGACAGGGGUUUCCACUCCUUCUCUCCUGGCUGCCAGCAGCCCACUGCGAGGUGGGCUCUAGACUCCUGAGCUGGGCCCUCACAGCCCUCCUCUCUUUUGCUCUGAUGCAGGUCCAGGAGUCGCAGGUUACCUUACAGCAGGAACUGGCACCACGGUAAUGCCCAGCGUCCCACCCCCUGUGGACAACGACAUUGGAGACCAAGGCUGACGAACACACACACAUACACACACACACGCACACACACCCACACUCACACAGUCACGCUCAGGCACCCAGACUGCCCUGCAGCUUCACGGCCGCAGCUCAGAGAGGGACUGUUCAGCUCCCCCACACAAGGGGAUGGAGAGAGAGAAAGACGGAGGAGAGCGGGCCGUCAUUGACCGUCACCAAAAUCUCUGCGACACCUCCUCCAGUAUCACUCUCCUCUCCCCUUACAAAUGGCACUCAAGUCUUCAUAAACACUUUGAAAUUGUUUUAACGGAUGACCACAUUUGUUUUGUUUUCUGUGCUACUUUUCUUGUUUCUUCCAACGACACACAGAAGAGUUUACUUUUUGUAUGAAUAUAUUUUUUACUCUAGAUUUUUUUUUUUUUUCUUGAGAAAGACAUUGGAAGACUGAGGCUUAUUAUAGGUAAACUGUCUCUUUUCCAUGAUCUUAUUCCUCUUUGUCAUAUCCUGAUUGGCUACAUUUACCCCUAAAUCCUGUCUGACUGAGGGUGGCCUCAUUUGUGACACAUCUGUGCAGAGGACCUAUCCACCUCUUACACAAAUAUGUCUUUUACUGGCCUAUAUAAAAGAUUCUGUUGUGGAAAAGCAAACAUUUUCAAAUAGAGAAUCAGAAGUGCAUGCCGAUGAUUUCUCUUUCAUGUUUCUUCAUAAAAACAUGCCAGGCUGACCUCGUGUCUGGUUUGGUCACGUCUAGCUCGUCCAACUAUUUCAAGGUUGACACAGAUCUGCUCUCAAAUUGUCCUGCCUCCGAUUCCUCUGAUCUUAAUUCAAACUUCAUUCUGCUGUCUUUGAAGGCUACCCUUUCUGCCUCACAUUUUUUAAAGUAAUUCUCCUUCUCCCCCAGAAUGCAAAAAGCACUAGAAUAUUUAUAAAUGAAUAAUAACCACCGGAAAUGAGCUUCUGCUAAGAUGUGACGAAUGACGUUUACUGAUUAUGAAUCUAUGUGAAAGACUAGUGCAAUUUGUGAAAUGUUCAAUGUAAUAUUACGUAUAUAAACUUUCUAUAUUGAAUGUACAUUAAAAAAAAAAUAAAUCAGUCGCACUUGUACAUAAAAUUUUAAGAAUAAAAGGGAACCCACAGUGUU